AACCAUGUGUCCAUGCCACAGACGGCACAGAGCACGCUGCCCACGACCUCCAUGAGCAUGUCAGGCAGUGGCCACGGCACAGGACCCGGCUAUAGCCACUCGGGACCCACCUCGCAGAGUGUGCCCCUUGCAGGGACAAGGUAAGGUGCCCUUGGCAACUAUGUGUCUCGGGCCAAUAUCAACAUGCAGUCCAAUCCAGUGUCCAUGAUGCACCAGCAGGCAGCCUCGUCCCACUACAACUCGGCGCAGGGCGGGAGCCAGCACUACCAGGGUCAGUCGUCCAUUGCCAUGAUGGGCCCGAGUGGCCAGGGGAAUAGCAUGAUGGGACAGCGGCCCCUGGCACCUUACCGGCCCUCACAGCAAGGCUCAUCCCAGCAGUAUCUGGGUCAGGAGGAGUACUACAGUGGCGAGCAGUAUGGCCAUGGUCAGGCUGCCUCAGAGCCCAUGAGCCAGCAGUACUAUCCUGACGGGCACGGGGACUACGCCUACCAGCAGCCAUCCUACACAGAGCAGAGCUAUGACCGGUCCUUUGAGGAGUCCACGCAGCACUACUAUGAGGGCGGAAACUCCCAAUACAGCCAGCAGCAGGCGGGCUACCAGCAGGGCACGACUCAGCAGCAGACAGGGUACCAGCAGCAGUACCCCAACCAGCAGAGCUACCCUGGGCAGCAGCAAGGCUAUGGGCCUGCCCAGGGAGCCCCCUCGCAGUACUCCAGCUACCAGCAAGGACAAGGGCAACAGUAUGGAAGCUACAGAGCAUCUCAAACAGGCCCUUCCGCCCAGCAGCAGCGGCCUUACGGCUAUGAACAGGGCCAGUAUGGAAAUUACCAGCAGUAAGGGGAAAGCAUUCUUGUUGGAGCCUUGUGGUGACAUUUCCAUUUGGGGAUGAAUGGGCCAGUAGCAGUUCCAGUCAACUAUGACCUGUUGGUUGCUGCUUGGUCCCACACAGUGUCUGCAUGUGAAGCGAGCACAUUUCAUGCUGGGGUGAUGCCGAGCGUACACUGCUGCCACGAGACAGCGCCUUGAUGGUGUGACAUACUUGGUGCUGUGUAUAGUAUUGUAUGUCCAUACAAUGAAGAGGUCGUCCCUUUUCUGUCCCCUCUUCUUAAUGUUUCUAGCUAGCUUUAGGGCUUCUUUGUCAUCAAAGUAUUCUGUGCCCAGUGAUGGGAUAUAUCUACAAGAUGCCAUAGUCCACAUAUUCAUAUAAGCAGACCUUAGGUCUUUGCUCCCUCCUCACGGUUGUAAUGUGGGUUGUAAACUUACCUUUCAUUGAUUACACAGCAGCUAAACCAUGGGCACAGCCCCUGGAUGACAGCCUUUUCCUAUGCCCCAAGAGGGGCUGGGAACAUCUGUGUUUUAAGUCAGUUUCUGUUCCACAACAAAAAGAUAAAUGUGCUUCAUUUGGAGAGGCUGCAAACAGUCAUUUCCAGAGCUUGCUCAUUACCUGUGUCUCUUGCCAAUUCUGUUUAUUAAAAAAGAAAAAAAGUUAUGUAUGUUUGUAUUUGAAAGAGGGAUCAGUGACUGUUUAAAAAGAAAUGAAUCAGUGAUGGCACAAUUAGUCUAGCCCAAGGAGCAUGGUAUUACUGAAGGAAAACUGGCAGUUUUCUGAAAUACUCAACUUUGUUCUUUGUUUACCUAACAGUAAUUUCUGGGAUUUGAAUAUUCAAUAUGUCCAGCUCUAAAUUUAUCAUUUAAAAUGUUGGUACCAAAAUUCCCAAUAGCUGGUAAGCUGUUUAUUUCUUCUAGGGCCUACUUUAGCUCUAUACCUUUGCUGUAAGAGGUAUCUUAAAUUAAUAUCUUACCUUUAAAAAAGAGCAUUAGAAUUUUUACUGUGCUCUUUCUAGUGAAAAGGAAACUUCAUAAAGAGAAAUCUGAGUAAUUUUUAUAGUCAUGAACAUUAAAUCUCACUUAAAUUCUGUGUAAAUGUUAAAGGCACAUGAAAAAAAUGGUCAAUGGAAAAAAUCCCACAUUUCUACUAUGUAAUAAGGACAUUUUUAUCAACCUUUACUUAGGUAAUAAUAUUCAUAUUUACAAUGAAUCCUUUAAAAAUAAUAAAACCUUUUUUUUUGGGGGGGGUAAAUGCUGACAUACUUCCAAAAACUAUCAAGAAAAUAUCCAGUCUACUGAAGAUGGUGUUUUUAAUUGAUAAAUUCUGUGUUUAAAAAUUUUAAGUAAAAGGAAAAAAAUUAAGUAGUUCUUUAUCCAGAGUUGAGUGCUUUAUGAUUCAGAAAGCAUUUUAAUUUGUUUUUCCCCUCAUGUGAAUCUUGACGGUCUAGACUGGGAAAUAUGGAGAAAAUGAUUGUUCCCAUUUUAUAGAUGACCUGAGUGCCAGUUUCAGUUCUAGGACCUUCUUCCCUCUUCUGUGGAAAUAGAUAUCACAAAUUGGGAGAUAAGCUUUUAUUUUAUAGACAAGUUUUGUUUUUUUUUUAAUCUUUAAUACUGGUAAGGGCUUAAAACACAUCUGUAUUAAACUUCUGAAAUGAGAGUUCUUAUUGCUAAAUAAGAUAUUAGCUACAUCUUAGGGAGUUGUCUCUUUUGGGUUUGUUCUGUUCUUUCCUGAAUUUUCAUAGAACUGAUUUGCAAAUUCAAUUGGGAACUAAGAUUUUCUCACUGAAAAUGUUAAACAUUUUAGAUAACUGUGAAAAUAGUUUAUUUUUAUUCCUUGUCAGUCUGAGAAUAUGCCGUGUGUGUGUGUGUGUGUGUGUGUGUGUGUGUGUGUGUGUGUUUAUGUGUGCUGUAUUACUUUUUGAAAGGACACUUAAAAAACUUAUCCCAAAACUUCAAUCUGAAAUGUCUUACAUUAAGAAUUUCUUGAAUGUUGUGUAUAUAUUUUUAAAAGCACUUUGUGAAAUAGUUUAUACCUUUACUUCCUAAUUUAUACAUGAUUUUUGGUGUUAAUAUAUUUAAUGAUUAAUAACAAUGCUUAUUUAAUGUGUUGUCCAUUUUUUUGUGUGAUAUUGUGGGGAACAGUGAGCCAGCAAUUAUUUUUUUUCCUUAACUGUAUUAUAUUUUCUCUUCUGUAAUAUGAAUGUUUUCAAAAACUUAGGCUAAAAAAAUUGUGUAGUGCAGUUGAUGUUGUUUUUUUGUUUUUGUUUUUUAAUAACUACAGAAGAACAGUGGACAUGCAAAGCAAGACUUGGAAACUAAUGCUCAUUCUUGCAGCACCCCAGACACCUAGCAGGUUGUCAAUGGCCACAGUUUUCAGAAAUGCUGACACUUUCACACUGGUGUGCAAGCACUGAUUAACCUUAAGUUUUGUUGCUGACCCACAGUAUCUCAGGGCUGAGCAGUGAAAGCCUGGUGAGCUGGCACGCAGACGUGUGGCUGCAGCCCAGUGAACUCCGGGGUCCUGCAGGUGCCGGUUCACCAGGGCACCUGCUCAGCGGGGUUCUGGGCUCUUGGCAAGGCUGCUUUCCUUUCCACACCGGUUUUAGCUACGAGCUCAUUUCAGUUUACUGAGUAGUUGCAUUGUUAUUUUGUGGGCACAGUUCAUUUCUUAGGAAACAUCCUAUGGGUUCUUUUUUCUUCAGUGAAGUUUGGCGUAUGAAUUGUUUACGCUUUUGAUGUAAUCUAAAUAAACUGUUUAAAAUCAUCAAA